AUGAGAGAGAGACAAACCGCUGUGCCCAGGGUGACUAAGCCGCCCACAAUCGUCGUCGCCUUCCAGUUAUUCUUCUUCUUCCAGCUCCUUUCCACCAUCGCCUCCUACAAUCCUGAUGAUCAUUUCUCAGUCAACUGCGGUGGUUCCGACAGUUUCUCUUCUUCAUAUGGCCGGAACUGGACCGGAGACACAGAUUCCGGUCUAUUCUCUCCAAUCGAACUCUCCAACAGCAAUAAGUCAUCAGUAGGCGACAACGUAGAUGGCAAACCGAUCCCUUACAACACCGCACGCUUCUCUCGCUCCGAAUUCUCCUACUCGUUUCCUGUGAAGACCGACGGCCAAAAGUUUGUUCGCCUCUACUUUUACCCAUAUUACUACCACCCCGACUUCCUUCGCCCCGAUGGUUUCUUCUCCGUCAAAGCAGGGCCCCACAUCCUUCUUAAGGACUUCAACGCUUCAGUUAACGCCGACGCUGGCGCUUCACUUGAAGAUGCUGCUCCAGAAGGAGCCAUCGUGCGCGAGUACUGUGUCAACGUUGACCCAGGUCAGAGUCUGAACAUAACCUUCACGCCCAGCGGAUCUGAUCCGAACGCCUAUGCUUUUGUCAAUGGGAUUGAGGUCGUCUCUAUGCCCGAUUUUCUUUAUUACACAGACCCAGAAAACCUGCAGGGGAUGAUGCUAGAUGGUGGAAACCAACAGUAUCCAGUUCGGAACAGCAGUGCUCUCGAGACUCUGUACAGAGCUAAUGUUGGCGGCAGUCAGAUAGGUCCCAAUACAGACACAGGCAUGUUUCGUUAUUGGGAGCAGGAUAAUGCCUACUUGAAGAGGGAGCGCCCAAAUAGUGUAUCCCAUGAUUUGGGUUUAACGAUAGAUCACACAAAUUAUCCAAAUUACACUGCACCGGACGCAGUAUACCAGACUGCUCGAAACUAUGGGAUGAAGGAAAAGUCCAGAUUUAACGUGACCUGGCAGUUUCAAGUGGAUUCAGCGUUUCAUUAUAUGGUGAGAUUGCAUUUUUGUGAGUUUGAUGAAAAAAUUCAUAACGCUGGAGACAGAGUUUUUCAGAUUUUCAUCAAUGAUGCUUUGGUGGAGUCUCUUGCUGAUGUGAUGAUGUGGACUCACAAAGUAUUGGCUCCUAUCCAUAAGGACUAUGCGGUGUCGAUGCCAAGUGAUGAUGAGAAGUUAAAGCUGAAUCUUUCAAUUAAGUUGCAACCACACCCAACUGUAAGAAGCACUUACAGUGAUGUUUUAUUGAAUGGUAUUGAAAUUCUUAAAAUAAGUGCGGACUAUAAUGACAAUCUUGGGAGUCGUAGUUCGAAUCCACUUCAAUCUCCAUCCACGCCAUCCUCCAGGUCAUCGAGGAACGGAAACAAAGCAAAGGUAAUUUCCAUUAUCAUUGGGGCUACAUCAGGCUUCAUUGUGUUGUCUCUCGUUCUUUUGUUGAUUUUUCGACGAUUAAUGGAAGGAAGUUCAUGGUGGGGACAAAAAUCAAUAGAUUCGUCCCAAAAAAAAAAACAAACCCAUGGAUCAUCAUUAACGACCGAUUUUUGUCGUUACUUUUCUAUAGAUGAAAUAAGAGCAGCCACCAAUAAUUUUGAUAAUAUGUUCAUUGUGGGCGUUGGAGGGUUUGGUGAUGUCUAUAAAGGCUACAUUGAUAAUGGUACAGUUCCGGUGGCAAUCAAACGGCUCAGGCAAGGUUCCCAACAAGGACUCAGAGAGUUUGAAACUGAGAUUGAAAUGCUCUCUCAGCUUCGUCACCAUCAUUUGGUAUCUCUUAUUGGUUACUGCAACGAUGACAACGAAAUGAUCCUUGUCUAUGAGUUCAUGGCUCGUGGGACUUUCCGUGAGCAUCUUUAUGAUUCUAAAAACCAACCACUUUCUUGGAAUCAAAGGCUGGAGAUUUGCCUAGGUGCUGCUCGAGGAUUGCAUUACCUACAUACAGGGGCAAAGCAUGCAAUCAUUCAUCGCGACGUCAAGUCGACAAACAUCUUAAUAGAUGAAAACUGGAUGGCCAAGAUUUCCGAUUUUGGGCUAUCCAAAAUAGGACCUGGGGGUAUUUCUAGAUCGAACAUUAACAUAAGCACAUUAGUAAAAGGAAGCAUUGGAUACAUGGAUCCAGAAUACUACACAUGUCAAAUAUUGACGGAGAAGUCAGACUUGUACUCAUUUGGAGUUGUGUUGCUAGAGGCAUUAUGUGGGAGGCCUCCUAUUCUCCGUGCUGUGGAGAGGGAGCGGCAAAACCUUGUAGAGUGGUUUCAAAAAUGUGUUGAUCAAAAUGAGAUUUGUGAGACGGUGGAUCCAAACUUGAGGGGAAGUAUAACAGAAGAGUGCUUAAAAGCAUACACUGAGAUUGCGUUGAAAUGCUUGGCUAAUAAUGGGAAUGAACGGCCAUCCAUGGGCGAUGUGAUGUUGGGGCUAGAGUCUUUGAUGGAGUCGCUGAACGAAGCAGAGAAGAAAAAGCUUGGUGGGACUCUAAAUGAGGAGGUUACUGUUGAAGAAGGCAUAGAGGAAGUGAGGCUCGAUGUGGACAAAAUUGAAGGAAGGAGCAAGGAAAGAGCUCUGAUUAGGAAAGCGACAAAAGCUGUAGAAAGAGAAGCAGGUUUUACGAGCAGUGAUGGAUCAAGGAGUUAAUCAAACAGCAGUAAGUUGAAGAGGUCAAGCGGCGAGCAUUUUAAGUUAGAUCAUCCAAAAGUUUGAUGAAAUGAAGGUCACUAAUGUAGGCUAUGGUUAUCUGAUGAUUUUAAGUUACAUUCAUUUCCAUAUAUAUAUAUGUGUGUGUGUGCGUGGUUGAGAUUUGAGAACGUUGUGUAAUUAUAUUUCCGAUGCGCCAAACAAUUUGGUUCAGUCCUUUUGUAUCUGCAUAUAUGAGUAACUAUUAGAUGGAA